AUGAUUGAAACUGCUGAGCAUUUGUUACUCAACUGUGCUUUUUCACAAGCUGUUUGGGCACUUAUUCCUAAUGGCAACCUUGUUCUGCAAGAUGCAAAUGUUGGUAUGGAUAUUAACUCUUGGAUUAGUAAGUGGAUUUCGUCUUGUAAAGACAAGUCAAUGAUGUGCAAAAUUCUUACUACUGCCUGGACCAUUUGGAGAGCCAGGUGUUUUAAGACUUUUCAAGGAAAAUCUUUAAAUGCCACUGCAACAACUACUUUUGCAUUGAAACUUGCUGAAGAAACGCUUCAAGCAGUUCCUAGUAAUUCUAUGUCUGUUAUUACACAAGCCACUACUCUUCAAAAUCCUGCUAAUAACUUGCCAUCUAAUUGUAUUAUGAUGUAUUGUGAUGCCUCCUAUAUUACUAUAUCUAAUAAGAUUGGAAUUGGCAUCUACUUUGUUGAUGAAACAAGGAGCUAUGGAGGCUGCAAAACAAUCACAGGGAUAGCUAGAUAUUCGGAAGAGGCUGAAAGUCUAGCAAUCCUUGAUGCUGCUGAAUGGGGAAGGAGCUUGAAUUUUGAAGUUAUAUGCAUCAAUAGUGAUGCGAAAAAUCCAGUUUCAUACAUUAAAAAUGAAAAUUGCCAGACUAGCUGGUUCAGUAACUCUAUCUUAGAUGAUUGCAAAUUUGUUCUUGAAAAUUUCAAUUUUUAUGAAGUCAGGCAUGUUAGCCGUAACUCAGAGUUUUUAUCUUUUGCUGAUACUGCUGCUAAACAUUGCAGACAACAUAACAGUUCAG